AUCACUGAUUCUUCUAACGUGUCUGUGGUCUUCUGAAAGCCGAUCGUGUUUAGCUCUACCUCUAUAACUUAAAGCGAACCACUCCUCCACACGUUAAGCUUUUCCAAAUUGAUAUACGACAAUAUAUCUACUUUCGAUCACGUGUCUUUAGGAGCGACUUUAGACGGAAAGCAAGCGCGCGUCAUCUCGCAUUCCCAAAUUUUUUUCCCCCCUUUCUCUCUUCUGCGGUUCGAGUUCCCCCCCACCCACCACCAUCACCACCAACCCCCCCGCAAAAAAAAACAUCCAUCCGACUGGACACCGAGUGCAUGAGUCAGGACGAUGUUUAACUCGGUCAAUCUGGGCAACUUCUGCUCCCAGACGCGAAAAGACAGAAGUACCGAAUUCGGGGACCGGACGGGCUGCGGCUCGAGCCUCUACCUCCCCAACUGUGCCUACUACGUGCCAGAGUUUUCUUCUUCCUCCUCUGCGGUGUCGUCGUUCCUGCCGCAGGCUUCCUCGCGUCAGAUCGCUUACCCGUACCCCACAAGCCUGUCUCACGUGCAGCCGGUUCGGGACGUGUCGUACGGACUGGAUCCGUCAGCCAAGUGGCACCACAGAGGGAGCUACGCGCCGUGCUACGCGGCAGAGGAAUGUCUUCCGCCAUCGUCCUCCAUGACGGAAAUGCUGAUGAAGAACGAGAGCGUCUAUAACAACCACCACCACCACCACCAUCAUCAUCCUCAUCAUCAUCACCUUCAUCAACAAGCCGGCACGAGCUUUUACCCCGCCACGGGAAAGAACAACAACGUCCUCCCGCAAGGUUUUGAUCGUUUUUUCGAGGGUGCCUACGCAGGCUCCGUAGAGGACUGCGUGCAAAAAGAAGAGGACGUCAGCAAACCGGAUCCGGUGGCGCGUACCGUUCCAGAAAAAGACCACCAGCGCGAGGAUGAGGAUGAAGAGGAUGAGCAUGCCACCGCGACGUCGGGUGCCUCGUCCGCGGCGGCGAAAGACGACGGCGCCUGCAAAAACGAGCACUCCAGUGCCACUCGGACGCGGAAGAAGCGAUGCCCCUACACCAAGUUUCAGAUCCGGGAGCUCGAACGCGAGUUCUUCUUUAAUGUUUACAUCAACAAAGAGAAGCGGCUGCAGCUCUCGCGCAUGCUGAACCUCACCGACCGACAGGUGAAAAUCUGGUUCCAAAACCGACGAAUGAAAGAGAAGAAAUUAAGCCGAGAUCGCCUGCAGUAUUUUUCCGAUGAUGGCGUUUGUUUAGGCGUUGUAAUUACAACUCACAGCCACCACGAUGGCGCUCUUACUCCGCACAGAAAGCAGAAAAAAUCUCCACUUUCACUCCCUUAGCAGUAAAGAAGAAGUGGACCAAUGGACACUACUAUGGUCAGUGAUACUGUAGGUCCUGAUCUACAAUCCACGAGCGAGCAGUGAUGAGCGGUGGAUGCGAUGGAUAGUCUGCUUUUCAUAGAAGCUUGUAGACGAUUUUGUAUUAAAUAUCUCCUAACCCUAGGAGUGGCAAAGAACCAGAUGAUCAGAUAAAAUUGUUCAAAAGAAUGUUUAACUGAAGAUGAUUAAAUGAAUGAAAGUCUGUACAA